AGACCACUGAGGGUUCUAUGACGCAGGUAAUGUGGUUGUAUAAGAAACACGAGUUGUGCCUGAAGUUUGCAUGAACCACCGUGUAUCCACUUCCAAACGCAUAUUCCAUACCUGCAAGUGUACUGUAUGUAAAGAAUUGAAUUUUGCCACAAACCAAAAAAUGAUGCUACUUAUUAUUUUGGUGUUGUCAGUCAGUACUGGAGAUUCAUACCCCUCACGGCAUUUUCAAUACUUUGAAGAUGGGACUCCUGAAGAAACGGCACUCCGAGUUCUCAGGGGAACUAAUACUCGUCAAAUAGCUCCCAAGAUCUCAGCACACUUCUUGAAGGGUAUAACCAAUCCAGUGUUAAGUGCAGGAUCUCACCAGAGCGCAUGGGGGUGGUCUCCAGACAGCUCUUACACAAAGAGGAGGCAGAAUGUGGCUUACUACAAUCUCAAUUCCUUUGGCCUUCGCUAUGGAAAGAGAGAGCAGAAAAUUCUUGCAAGCUUUGAACAGUCUAUAAAAUGAGAUGUCACUGACCUCUGAUCCAGUCUUUUUUUAUAUUUACAUAUUGUAUAGUGCGUUCUUUGAGGAUUGACAUAAAUAAAAAAUUCCCUUGCAUUUAUAGUAUUCUAUGUGAAAAAGUUAUAAUUUUAUAGCUAUAAGUGUUAGACAUAUUUAUGACUUAUCUAGACAGAACAUUAAUGGAAUAGUUCAUAAUCUUUAGAAAAGAAUUGUGACACAUUUCAUUGGA